AUAGUGCUCCUGUCACCAUGGGAGGUUUUGCCAUGAGAGCUCAGACGGCGUGAAGCUCCCUGAGAGAGAGGAACGCAGGAACGCAUCCGAGCAGCAGUCUUUCAUCAGACGUUAGCCUAAAGAGAGACCAGAGACAGAGACCGAGGGGGGCAGAGGGAGGACGAAGUCCAGCAAGCAACACCGCAGAACCACACGGGACCGACUUGUGGAGGACAGAGACUAACAACUAAUCCAGACCUGAACUGAUCAUUCCACAACGGAAAACUUUACAACGUUCCAGCUGUAGGAGGAGGACCGAAGGGACGGCCUGUGUGCACAAUGUCUAAACAACCAACAACAAACGUGAAAGCUUUACAGGCCAACCUCAAUAUUCCGAUGGGAGCUCUGCGUCCGGGGGCGGGACAUCCUGUAAAGAGGAAAGAUGACACGGAGGAGGUACCGGCCGUCACUCCAGAAGAAAAGAAACAACUUCCUGGUGCAGUGAAACUUCCAGGGCCAGCAGUUAACCUUUCUGAGAUCAAGAAUGUGAAAAGCGAGCUCAAAUGGGUCACUAAAGACUAGACGUACUUAGGUGCCCUGCCUUGUCUUGUGUUGAGGAAGAGGACAGACAGUUCUACCAGCUCUACUUAUUCCAUUUCUGAUUCUUUAAGACAAUCUUCAUCAACUCCUGCUUUUCUGGCUAAUGGCAAAAACAAGAUGUCCAUCUUUCAUCCAAGUGCAAUAACUCGUCAACAGUUUCCGUCUUCACAACCUGCAUAGCGAAGUUUACUUCUGGUUCAAGACUGGAUUAAAUCCCAGGCUGCAUUUAUCCCAAUUUGCUUGCGAAUUCUAGAACCAGUUUCAGAUCUGGUACGGAAUCUCAGUUAUCUCUAAUCUUUGGUACUCGGCACAAUUAUGAUCCAAGAAUGGCUCAGGUUAUUUUAGAAGACGAGAGCCACAUAACAGCUAUUAUAGUUCCAAACCCAUGCCAGAAGUCAUCUCUAAUUAGAUGUAGACUUCGGUAUUGAAUCUUAUCCUUCUCUCACUCGAGAUGCUGCAGUGAAUACUGGUCUAAAUCUGGUUCUCCAAGAUCAACAGUAAUAAAACGUACACAGAAAUUCUCGAAUUAUUCUUUAUAUUUACUCUUUAUCCAUUUGCUGAUAAAAAAACAAUCUUAUCCAUGAUGCUGGGAAGAGUACGGCUCAAAAGUGAUCCAAACCCGAUUUCCAGAUUAAAGGGCAAUGAUGGGUGUAUUAGCACCCAAUCCCAGCAUGCAGUUCUUGCUCGUAUUGGUGUAAACAUAAGCUAGAACCAAUUAACACUCGAGUACUGAAUCUCAUUCAUCUCCAAGCCCAGGUAUUGCAAAUAAUGAUGGUCCAGACUGGUUCUCCAUCUGAGAGAUGCAUAACAUCUGAUCACUGUACAAUCACAAAACUAAACAUAUCUAUUUUAUAUCUGCUAAGCACAAUUUAACUCAAAACUCACAAACUAUGGUGAAAAUCUAGAUGAGAAUGAGCCAUCUCAUUGCCAAGAUUCUGCAAGCCAUAUAGUUCAAGUCCAGAUCUCCAUUUUACAUUGAACAGUCAUUAUUGUAUUUCUCUUGACCCAGAUACUUCAAAAAAAUGAUAACCAUCCAGAUUAGAGUGUGCUGCCCUAAAUACUGAAAGCUGUACGAGUCCUAAAUGAUCCAGAUUAGUUCUCCAUGUUACAGUACCAAAUCAAACCCCAGCACACAUUUAUUAUUGUAGGUUUCUCUGUACCAUCUUAAUGAGGCACAAACUGCUUGGGACUGAAGGAGAAAAUCUGGAAGGUCAUGCAAUUGUGGACCUUCUUCAAAAUGUGAAGAAUUUAACCAAAUCCGGUCUUAGAAACUUAAAAGCAUGUUGAUCACAUAGAUCACAGCAGCCUAUCAGUCAUCACUGUACCAAAUCCCAGCCACUGGUAUCAAACUUCUGCCAUCUCCUGACCCUAAUGAAUGUUGGCUCUUGAUGAUGAGAGAUGAGAGAUAAAAGCAACAAGGUCGUGCCAGUUCCUAACAAAUCUCAAGCGUUUUGGACGCAUCCCCAAUCAUCCCACAUGGUGUUUGCCACCAGUGGUGGUAGACGAUACCCGAUAUUGAAGACAGUGAUACCGUGACCUCUGACUCGGUGACACUUCUUGACCAAAAACUUUUGCAAUGUAGGUGUUAAAGUACAGAACCGAAACCUGACGAGGAAACCACAUACUGCACAAUUUAUACACACAAUAAUGGCAAGUAAGCAGUAAGACUUCUGCUCUGAUGAUAAAUGUUUUAAUCUUCUGUGUGUGUGUGUGUGUGUGUGUGUGUGUGUGUGUGUGUGUGUGUGUGUGUGUGUGUGUAUUUUAUCUGUGGUCCGAUUCCGCAAGCUUCUUUACUGCCAUGUGUGAAGUCCCAUAUUUGAAUUCCUUUUAUAGAAGCUGAAUCCUGAUGUAGCCUGCUGAUUAGUCCGUGUUGUUCGUGUUAAUAGUAGCAAAUGUCGUCUCAGUUCAGUUAUUCUGAACAAACGUGAGACUUGGGGAAAAAAAACGUUUUCAUACUUCAUGGUCUUUUCCUUUGAACUGCAGUUUUUUUUUCUUUGCUAUUGUUCUCCGCUUCGUGUUCGAGAGCGUGUAGGCUGACAUGCAAUAAAAACACGAUUUCUCAGUGUCUCGCCGUAGGAGGCUGAAGCAAUCGCAUGUUGUCUUCGAGCAAACAGAACCGAAUUUCCAGCACGUUCUCACUGUUUUAUUAGCUCGUAAAUGUAAUAUCUGUGAAGAGCAUUUUCUCUUUUGUGUUUUUUCUUCCUCCUGUGGAACAGCAGCACAUCCAUGAAAGUGUCCUUAUUGAAGGUUCUGACCAGAGUUAGAAGGGCUAGCAGAAAAAUUAUGAUAUCAUGCGUGAAGUAUAAUAAUAAUUAUAAUAAUAAACACUAAAUGAAAAUAUAAUGCCACA